GCGAGAGGCUUCCAGAGCAGCACCAUGUCUCUGUACCGCAACUCCGCCUGGUUCCUGAAGGGAGUGACCGAGUUCACCAGGAAGGCCUUCUUGGCAGCCUCCAAACGGUUUGUGGAGAAGGACCUGGAGGUGUCCGUGGCCGGACGCUCCUUCAUGAUAACAGGAGCCAACAGCGGCAUCGGAAAAGCCACCGCCAUGGCCAUCGCCAAGAAAGGUGGAACCAUCCACAUGGUGUGCAGGAACAAGGACAAGGCCGAGGAGGCGAGAGCUGACAUCGUCAAGGAGACGGGAAAUAAAGAGGUCUACGUCCACAUCCUGGACCUGGCUGAGACCAAGAAGGUCUGGGAGUUUGCAGAGUCCUUCAAGAGGAAGUACAAGACCCUCAACGUGCUGAUCAAUAACGCAGGAUCCAUCAUGAGUCAGAGGGACGUGAACGCUGAGGGCCUGGAGAAGAGUUUCGCCAUCAACGUUCUGGGGGUUUACAUUCUCACCAAGAGCCUCAUUCCCUUGCUGGAGAAGAGUCCAGAUCCCAGAGUGAUCACAGUGUCAUCAGGAGGCAUGUUGGUGCAGAAGCUCAGGACGGGAAACCUGCAGUCUGAGCGAGGCCGCUACGACGGCACCAUGGUCUACGCCCAGCACAAAAGGCAGCAGGUGGUGAUGACAGAACAGCUGGCCAAGACUCACACGAGCAUCCACUUCUCCGUCAUGCAUCCAGGUUGGGUGGACACCCCAGCCGUGGCCAACGCCAUGCCAGACUUCCAUCAGUCUAUGAAGGAGAGCCUGCGGACCCCGGAGCAGGGAGCCGACACGGUGGUGUGGCUGGCCGUCUCCGAGGCCGCCGCCGCAAACGCCAGCGGACGCUUCUAUCAGGACCGGAAGAUGGUGUCCACCCACCUGCCGCUGGCCUGGACCCACAGCUCCUCUCUGGAGGAGCAGAAGUUAAUGUCACUACUGGAGGACUUGGCCAAGACGUUCCAGCCACACUGAGUCCGCAGCCAACUGGGCACAGGUACACCACCGACACUAACGCCACCAGUUCGUACUGACCGAGGCUGGGCCCAGUGGUUCCUCACCGCGCUGCCCCAGCAGAGGGAGGGGAACAGAUCUGUUUAAUGUGAAGUAUCUGGAGUGGUAACACCGUCUGUGAUCGCUGGCUUGAAGUGGAACAAAUAAGAAGACGUUUCUGUGAGUGCUAAGAUGUGUUUUGGGAAACCCAGCCUUCCGAUGACAGAUUAAAGCCGCCUCUCCUUGAGACAUUAAUGACGUUCGUAAUGCUUUUUUUUUAGCCAUUUAUAUGAUAACAACUUUUAUCAUUUAUGAGCUUAACUGUCUAAGGACUAAACAUGUCAUUGUAUGAGUGUUUGACAGUGAUGCUGCCGUUCAGAUGGAUCGCUGAUGGAGAGAACGCUCGUAAACCACACACACACACACACACACACACACACACACACAACCCAGUCUGUCUUUGUGACUUAAUUACCGUUGUCAAUCAGAUGGGAAUCUGAUGUGGCCAGAGUCACUCACACACCAGCUCUGGGUUCUAUGUCAUGCUUGUGUUUUAAUGACUUACAGAUGUGCCAGGUGAUGUGCGUUUAGUCGUGGUGUCAGUAACUUGUCUAUCUGUUGUAUUGUAGCGUAGCGUAGCGUAGUGACUGUACUGUACAGGUUGAACCCAGACUGGAGACGCAGCGUUCUCUCCCUCAGCCUUGAACACAACACAGCAGCACCACUUGACAUGUGCAGUGUAAUCUAUACAUUCAUGACUUGGUGAUAUCUGCCCAGCACCUUUACCUUCACUGACUGUGACUCUGGCUUGAGUUGAUCUUGUAAACGCAUGCUUUAAUAAAGACACUUACUGAUG